UAGUCCUAAAAGAGAGGAGCAACGAAGCUCUUGAGCUGCCUUGCCGAUUGCCUUUAACGUUCUGUAAUUCGAGUAGCAGCGAUAGCUACCAACCAGCCUUGCCUCUCCCUCCUACAAUAUCCAACCUGCGAAUACCCUCCUAACGCAUCCACGCCAAUUUCACACUUCACACCGACUACAACCAAAGAUACCUAAACUUCAAUUACUGGCACGAUGUUCCGAAACAAUUACGACAACGAUUCCGUCACAUUCUCCCCGCAAGGGAGAAUAUUCCAAGUAGAAUAUGCCGCCGAGGCCGUGAAGCAAGGUUCCGUGGUGGUGGGUUUAACUAGCAAGACACAUGCCGUUCUAGUCGCUAUCAAGCGAAACGCAGAAGAACUAUCCUCCUACCAAAAGAAACUCUUCGCCGUAGACGAACACGUCGGCCUCGCCAUCGCCGGCUUAACCUCCGACGCCCGCGUCCUCUCCAACUUCAUGAAGCAGCAGUGUCUAUCGCAGCGACUAACCUACGACCGUGCGAUGCCUUUAGAGACGCUCGUCUCGCUAAUCGGCGACAAGGCCCAGCUCAACACCCAGCACUACGGAAAGCGACCCUACGGUGUCGGUUUACUAGUUGCCGGUGUCGAUGAGACGGGACCCCACCUAUUCGAGUUCCAACCCUCGGGCCUGACCCAGGAGAUGCUGGCGUGUGCCAUCGGUGCCCGCUCCCAGAUGGCGAGGACCUAUCUCGAGAAGAACCUGGAUAAGUUCCCAGCUUGCGGACGAGAUGAGUUAGUUCGUCAUGGUUUGAGGGCGCUCAAGGAGACGUUGGUCCAGGACCGUGAAUUGACGCUGGAGAACACGAGUGUGGGUGUAGUCGGACUGAAGGAGCCCGGUAAGAAGGGCCUUGAGUUCUUUAAGGUGCAUGAUGGCCCCGAGGUUAAGGAUUGGAUUAACAGCGUAGCGGAUGAUGCUGAGGCAGGUGGUGAGGGUGAGAGUAUGCAGGUGGAUGAGUAGACAAGCACUUUACGUAAGUAAAGGUUCUCGGCUUGAACCAAGGAAAUUCCACGGAAAAUAAUGAAGUUUCUACCGCGAAGGGGGACAGAUUAGUGGACGUGGCCCGCCAUGCUUGCUUGCAUUUCACUCGGGCGUAAGGACUCGGGAUGGAUGCCCAAUAUUUGUCGCGGCAUCGCCAUCUAAAUAGAUGUAUCAAUAGACGACAAACAAUGAGGAAAAUCAAAUCACGAAAUAGCCCAACAUAGAAGGGGGGCAAAAUUGGAGUUUCAUGAUCCAAAAUAUGAUAUAUUGCUAUAUUUCAUCCUCUUCAUCGUCAAAA